UGUAGGACCGAGCUAUUAAAUCGGGAGACGUAGCCAAAUAUAGAGAAAGUGCUAGACAAGGGAGCAUCUCCUGACGGCGACAAGAACGCCGGAAAGAAGCCCAUCCACUUUGCCGUGGAAACCGGCUUAGCACAGAUCACGGCGCUGCUGUGUGAGAGGGGUGCCAACCCCAAUGUGGCGAAUCCUGAAGACCACGGGAGAAGUCCACUGCAUAUGGCUGUCGUGAGAGGUUUUACUAGUGUCGUGAAAUACUUGCUUGAAAGGAACGCCGACCCCAAUCUCGUAGACAAUGCAGGGGAAACGCCACUGAUCACUGCAGUACAAAAGAAUGAAAUGUCAUCUGUAGGUCUCCUUCUGAAAUUCGGGGCUGAUGUUCAUAAAAGAGAUGCAAACCACAACACAGCGCUUCUUAUUGCAUUGGGAAAAAAUCAUGCAGAGAUCGUCCAAAUGCUACUGAAGGAGGGAGCCUCAGUUAUGAAUAUAACUCUGACAGGCGACAUUACGAUUCACGUGGCUGCAAGAAAAUGUUCCACGUGGAUCCUUGAGAUGCUGAGAGAGAAGGGAUGUGAUAUAGAGAAGAGCAACAGAGUCGGCUCGCUCCCGCUGCAUCUGGCUGCGGAGUCUGGCAACCUGGAGGCUGUCAAGUGGUUCCUGCUCAACGGCGCGAAACACGACGAGCGGGAUGCAGCUGGGAAGACGGCAGCGGACAGAGCGGCAGACGCGAGGCAGAAACACGUUGUGGAUUGGCUUAAUGACCUCAAGGUAAUUAACGAUCUGACUCCAAGUACAAACCAAAGGGCUGAAAUCAAAGCACACGCCGAGAAGGGGCGUCAAGCUCACCUAGGCAGCAACAUCGGUUUCGAAAGCUUCGAAAGCUCACCCAGCGUUCAGACACAAGACGGCCAGCGAUCCGGCACCAAAGGCGGUCGAGUGGAGCACAGCACCUUGGGAGAUCUGGCCAAGGUGUGUGGUUACGGACACAGCUUUGUCUUCUUAAAGAACAAAGAAAAAUGGGAACUAAUACAACUACUAAUAAUAAUCGUAAAAUUAACAAUUAUAGGAAGAAUAAGAAUAAUAUGAUGGUAAUGAAAAUUAUGAUAGUAAUGAUGAACAAAA